GGCUGGAGGGGAUCACGCGGCCGGAGAGGGUCGUCUCACUCACACUCACUCACUCACUCUCUCACUUACUCACUCUCGAACGAUGAGGUACCUGCGUGGCUUCUACACGGUACAGCGUGGAUUUGCCUAUCUACUAGUGUCAACCAUAACCAUAAGUGUCAUUUACAUUGCAUACAUGACACUGACAGAUUUGCGCAACACACAACCAAGCAAGGAUGAAAGAAACAGAGAGCGAAAAGCAACAAUAACAAGAACAAAUUUACGACAAGAACAAAGUGAAUUAUUACAGGAACAGGCCAUAGAAGCAGGACAAAAUAUUUCUGAAAAUUCCCAGAUUCCAAACAAUUCCCAAAUUCCCCAAACUGUAAAACAUCCAGAAAGCGUCAGAAUUCCAGAAAAUGUCCAGGUCCCACAAAGUCCCGACAUUCCCGACAACACCAAGAUUCCCGCAAAUUCCCAAAUCCCAGAAAAUCCCAACGUGCCCGAAAUUAGGAACACCCUGCCCCCCCACCCACCCCCUCACCCGCCACACCCCGCCCAGACGCCCCAGACCCGCAGCAUUCCCGCUUAUUCCCGAUUCCCACUCGCGCCCGGAGAUUCCCACUUGCCCUACGAGGACGAGAACGCGCCGAAAUUCCCGAAAUUCCCGAAGGAACUAUGGGCAGAACCUGGGGGCACGCCGGAGGAGGAGAGGCCGGGGUAUGCCGGGCCGCCCUUAAAGAAAAUCCUCUUCUGGAAUGAUGCCUACGGAAACCGACACUACGGAUUCGGAUACGGCAGAGAACCGUUUAUCCGGGCCGGCUGCCGUAUUAAUACGUGUACGACCACGGCAAAUCGAGCUAAAUAUCCCCUAACAAAGCUGGACGCUGUCAUCUGGCAUUUUAGAUCAAAUGAUAAAAGUCUGCCGGCUGAGAGGUCACCUCAUACCCGAUAUAUCUUUUGGAUGAUGGAAUCUGCCUCUUACCUCUUCGGUGACCUCAAUCGAUAUAAUAACGUCUUUAACUGGACUUUCACCUACCGACUCGAUUCCGACAUUCCUAAUCCAUACGGUCGAGUAUAUCGCCUCAGACAGCCUCAUCCUCCUUCAGAUUACAAUUAUGCAGGAAAUAAGACGAAACUAGUGGCUUGGGUCGUCUCUAACUGCAAGACACAAAGUGGACGAGAGCAAGUCGUGCAAGCGCUCAAGAAGUGGAUAAAAGUGGAUGUUUACGGCAGGUGCGGUCCACUUAAAUGCCCAAGAUCCACUGAAUGUACCGAGAUGCUCAAUGCUACUUACAAGUUUUAUCUGUCCUUUGAGAACUCGCUCUGUCAGGAUUACGCCACGGAGAAGUUCUUUGGGACGCUCAAACUGAACGUCAUCCCAGUGGUGUACGGGCUCGGAAACUACAGCAUCCAAGCGCCUCCUCAUUCCUACAUAGAUGCCUUGUCCUUCCCAAGUGUUAAAAAACUAGCAGAGUAUUUGCUGUAUCUCGAUAGCAAUGACACAGCCUAUAAUGAAUAUUUUCGAUGGAAAGCGUAUCAUCACUUCCCAAUGAACUUUGCCAAAUUUUCUCGGCCGUUUUGCGAGAUUUGCGAGCGACUUCACACGGACAAUAAAAAGAGUGUAUAUAACCUUCGCCAUUGGUUUGUCACGAAGUCACACUGUCUGAGUGGGUCGUCGCCUUCAAUCAAAGCUUUUGUGAGAGGGAGCUAACUGGGGACGGAAUUUUGUGAAUGCAAUAAAUUUUCUUAGUGAGACAAAGGUGGCGAAGAAAAAGAAGAAGAAGCAGAACGAAAAAGAAGAAGCGGAAAGAAAAAGAAGUAGUAGAGAGAGGUAGAAGAAAGAAGAAGAAGAAGAAGAAGAAGAAGAAGAAAUAUCACGACGUAAACGAA